CUGUAGCUCUCACUUGGGAAUAAUGGUUGAAGUCAAAGUGCAACUUCAAGACAUGGAGAAAGCUUUGAUGAAACAACCAGUUGUGGGAAAGAUGAGCCUCUAUGAGCGAGUGUUUCAACCGUGUGUAGCCGAGCUGGUGGGCACCACAUUCUUUGUGUUUAUAGGAUGUGUUUCUGUCAUUGAAGAUGUGGAGACUGCGGGGAGACUUCAGCCGGCAUUGGUUCAUGGUCUUGCAGUGGCAGUACUCAUUGCAUGCAUGGCAGAGAUCAGCGGUUCCCAUUUCAAUCCGACAUUCACCAUAGCUGUCUACCUUUGUGGUGGAAUGCCUCUGAAGAUGGUGGCACCAUACUUGAUCUCUCAGAUCACAGGAGGUUUACUGGGUGCAGCCAUGGCCAAAGGCAUGACCUCAGCUGUAAACUAUGGCAAAGCUCAAGGUGCUGCGUUUACAAUUCUCCAGUCAGAAGAUCAGAUUGUGAAGGCUUUAUUGGGUGAAACCGCUAUGACUUGUUUAAUUACCAUAGUGGUGUUACUGGGUGCAGUAAAUGGCAAGAGCAAAAAUCCCUUGGUGCCGUUUAUGGUGGGCUGCACGCUCAUUAUUAAUGUUCUAGCAGGGGGUGAUGUGUCUGGUACCUGUCUGAAUCCUGCAAGAGCUUUUGGACCUGCAGUGCUAACCAACUACUGGACUUUUCACUGGGUGUAUUGGGUCGGUCCAAUUGCCGGAGGGCUUAUUGCUGUUGCAUUAGUAAGACUUUUGCUUGGGGACAAUAACACGCGUGUCCUGAUAAAGUAA